AUGGCCAUCUAUAAACUCCGCUUCUUUGUCAUCGCAGCAGCGGUAGCUACGAGUAUCCUCCUACUCUUCGGCGCCUAUUCUUCAGGCGUAACAACCAAUGAUGUGUCACAUUUUGCCGACAAGAUCGCCUCACACGUUCCCGGUACUACAACCGACAAGCGGAAACUGGCCUACAUGACUCUUCUCACAAACACCAUGAACGCGCCAGAAAAUCCUUCCGAUGAUCACUACUUUAUGGCCACAAGGAUACUGGGAUACCAAUUGAUGCAUCAACCCACCACAAAGACGCAACGCGAUAUUCCGUUUGUGGUGUUGGUGACUGCAGAUGUCAAGCAAGACAGACGCAAUCUACUGACCAAAGACGGUGCCGUGGUACUUCAGGUCGAAAAUGUAGAAGUCGAUACUAGCUGGAUACACGGAGAAAUGCCCCAAUGGAAAGACCUAAUGACAAAACUUCGAGCCUGGGAGUUGACCUCUUACGAUCUCGUCGCUUUCCUCGAUGGUGAUUUCAUUCUCAACCGCUGUAUGGAUGGCAUCUUCGACGACGCCUCUGCUACAACACCAGCAGCUCUGGUAACAUCAAACACCACACCAAACGACGAAGCAACACUACCAUCAACCUACAUCCUCGCCACAGUCGCAGAAGCAAAUCCUUUCCACCACUAUCCACCCUCGGCGGAAAACAACGACUACAAAGAUCCCAAUUACUUCAACGCAGGCUUCUUCCUCUUCCGCCCUGACUUGACUCUAUUCGAGCAUUUCAAAGCUAUCCUCAGCAUUCCCAAUCGCUUUGAUCCUAAAUACAUGGAGCAAAACCUCUUGAACUAUGCGUUCAGAAGGGAGGGGCAAAUGCCGUGGACGAAUAUGAAUGAUCAGAGUUGGCAUAUCAGGUUCCCGAAUGUCAGGGAUAAGGAAGCGGGUGUGGCUAGUAUGCAUGAUAAAUGGUGGAGUGCGCACAUGGAUAAGCAAUUGCAGCCGUUUUAUGACUCGGUGAGGUGGAGGAUGGAAGGGUUUUAUGAAGUCUAG